CAAAACAAAAAAACUUAUCUCAACACACUGAGUUCACACUUUCAAAAACUAUGCUCACUUUUCUCCCUCUACCGGGAUUUGUCGUGUCGUUUUGUGGGUGUGUUGUCGUUUCGUUUCGUUUCGUCCCGUCUUCUGAGCUCACUUCAUAAAGUGUGCUUUAAGCAUUGCAAACGCAGGGAGGACCUGAAGGUUGAUGUAAAGAGAGAGUUAGUCAUAAAUCAUGGGUUGCAUUCACUCCAGAACCACUCAUAUUCCUUCUCCUGACGACCCCAUCAAACCAGAAGCAGGGGAUGGAGAUCAAGGUGAUGAAGAGUGUCAAGCGAGUAAAUUUAAGGAGUAUGGUCUAAACGAGCUGAGAAAAGCAACUAAUGGGUUUAGCUCUGCUUAUAUUGUUUCUGAGAGUGGGGAGAAGGCGCCCAAUAUUGUUUAUAGAGGGAAGUUAGAGAACAAUCGUUUGGUUGCUGUUAAAAGGUUUUCUAAACAAUCUUGGCCUGACGCUCAACAGUUUGUGGCGGAGGCUGCGGGCGUGGGAAAGUUGAGGCACAAGAGAUUAGUAAAUUUGAUUGGUUGCUGUGCUGAAGGAGAUGAAAGACUCUUGGUUGCUGAGUACAUGCCUAAUGAUACUCUCUCUAAGCAUCUCUUCCAUUGGGAGAAGCAACCACUACCAUGGGAAAUGCGUGUUAGAGUUGCAUACUACAUUGCACAGGCACUUGAUCAUUGUUACACAGAAAACUGGAAAAUCUACCAUGAUUUAAAUGCUUAUAGAGUUCUUUUCGAUGAGGAGGGUGACCCUCAUUUAUCCAGUUUUGGCCUUAUGAAAAAUAGCCGAGAUGGAAAAAGCUACAGUACCAACUUGGCAUACACCCCACCUGAGUUUUUGCGGACAGGCAGAGUCAUCCCAGAGAGUGUGAUUUAUAGUUAUGGAACAGUUCUGUUGGAUCUUUUAAGUGGAAAGCACAUUCCUCCCAGCCAUGCACUUGACUUGAUUAGGGGGAAGGAUUUGUUAAAGUUGAUGGAUUCUUCAUUGGAUGGGCAGUAUGCCAAUGAUGAUGCUACUAAACUAAUUGGUCUUGCUUCAAAGUGCCUUCAGUCUGAGGCUAAGGAUCGACCUGAUACCAAGUUUCUUCUUACUGCAGUUGCACCUUUACAAAAGCAGAAAGAGAUAGCAUCUCAUGUUCUGAUGGGCCUGGUGAAAAAUACAGUAGCAGUUCCCACCAUGCUCUCUCCCCUUGGAAAGGCUUGUGCUAGGAGGGAUCUUACUGCAGUACAUGACAUUUUGCUUAAAAUGGGUUAUAAAGAUGAAGAAGGUGCAGAAAAUGAGCUAUCCUUUCAAGAAUGGACUCAACAAGUGCAAGAUAUGUUGAACACAAAGAAAAUUGGUGAUAUUGCAUUCAGGGACAAGGAUUUUAAGAAUGCAAUUGAAUACUAUUCAAAGUUGAUUGUUAUGAUGUUGGUUCCAUCUGCCACUGUGUUUGCAAGACGAGCAUUCUCCUACUUGAUGAAUGGCCAAGCCGAACUUGCCUUGAGGGAUGCAAUGCAGGCUCAGGUGUGCAUACCAGAGUGGCCAACUGCAUUCUAUUUGCAGGCUCUUGCACUGUCAAAGCUGGGAAUGGAAACCGAUGCUCAGGAUAUGCUGAAUGAGGGAGCCGCCUAUGAAGCCAAGAAACAGAAUAGCUGGCGCAAUUAGAGUGUAAUUUGUCUCUUGGUUGUUGGAGACCCUACUAUGUUAACAAUGGCUAGCUGGAAAAUUUAGCGUGAAAGAAAAUGGUUGAGCUAGGAUUAGAGUACUAACAGUCUAACAGAGUUGUCUGCAGAUUUACCAUGCUUGAGCAAUAUAUAUUGUACACUCCAAAAGAGCAAAUAACUUGUUUGAUCAUUCAGAAAUAUUACAAUUCCCCUUAAA